ACACUUAUAAAGACCUGAAGCCCUAGCGCUUGAAGCAUUUCCAUUGGCUUCGUCUAAUUAGAGCCAGAGGCUUCAAGCUCUUCUUCAAAGAUGCCUAAACAUUACAGGCCUCCCGGGAAAAAGAAAGAGGGUACUGCCGCCAGGUUUAUCACGAGAACGAAGGCAGUGCAUAAUCUUCAAGUCAGUCUUCCUCUCUUCAGGAAGCUUUGUAUUCUUAAGGGCGUUUUCCCUCGAGAGCCAAAGAAGAAGAUAGCAGGCAGCCAAAAAACUUACUAUCAUGUGAAGGAUAUCAAUUUCCUUAUGCAUGAGCCCCUGCGCGGGAAGCUAUGGGAUAUCAAAGCCUACAAGAAGAAAAUUAAGAAGGCUCAAGGAAAGAAGAACAAGGAAUUGGUUGAACGACUACUUGAUCGCCAACCAACUUACAAGCUUGAUAGAUUGGUAUUAGAAAGGUAUCCUACUUUUGUUGAUGCUCUUCGAGAUCUUGAUGAUUGCCUCACUAUGGUGCAUCUUUUUGCCGCGUUACCUGCGAUUGAGAAUGAGCACAUUCAAGUUGAUCGCAUUCAUAAUUGUCGAAGGUUAAGCCAUGAGUGGCAAGCAUACAUUUCUAGAACUCACUGUUUACGAAAGACUUUUAUUUCAGUCAAAGGCAUAUAUUACCAGGCAGAGGUUGAAGGGCAAAAAAUCACAUGGUUGACUCCACAUGCUUUGCAGCAGGUUUUGACUGAUGAUGUUGACUUUAAUGUGAUGCUUACAUUUUUAGAGUUCUAUGAGGCUCUUCUAGGAUUUGUGAAUUUUAGACUUUAUCAUUCAAUAAAUGUUAAAUAUCCUCCAAUUCUUGAUCCCCAACUUGAAGCUUUGGCAGCUGAACUUUAUGCCUUGUACCGCUAUAUUGGUACUGGUUCGAGAACAUUAUCUGGGACUUCUGAAGCCGGCAUAUCAUCCCAUUCAGAACAAGCUGAUAAUGAGAAAAUGAAUAUAAUAACUGAGGCUUCUGAUGUUAGAUUAGCUCAACUUCAGUAUCAAUUACCAACUAAUGAACGCGGAGCUUUGAUGAAUAUGAUGGAGGAUGUAAAUGGUGUUGAAGAGGAGGACCAGGAUACAAAGGUGUGCAAGUCCCUUUUCAAAGAUUUUAAGUUCUUCUUAAGCCGAGAGGUUCCUAGAGAGUCAUUGCUUUUCAUAAUUCCCGCGUUUGGAGGUUUGGUUUCAUGGGAAGGUGAUGGCGCUCCUUUCAGUGAAACAUAUGAGGACAUCACCCAUCAGAUUGUUGAUAGACCGUCUAUUGGUCGUAAGUUUCUUUCUAGAGAGUAUGUUCAACCACAAUGGAUCUAUGAUUGCAUAAAUGCUCGAAUAAUACUACCUACAGAGCAAUAUCUAUUGGGAAGGGUCCCUCCACCACAUUUAUCACCUUUUGUUGACAAUGAGGCUGAAGGCUAUGUUCCCGAAUAUGCCGAGACAAUAAAACGUCUACAGGCGGCUGCCAGAAGACACGUUCUACCUUUGCCAGGUUCGGACACUCUAGAUUUGGCUGAUCCCCAAAGCCUUUUGGCUGAAGGAGUUAUUGAUCGUGCCGAAGCUAACGAAGCUGCAGAGCAGCGACAGAAGUUGUUAAAGCUUGAGCAGCAGUACCAUGAUGAGCUGAACAUGGAGCUUCAGGGGGUUACCUUCUCCGCAGCAUCAUCGAGAGGAAACUCGCAGAUUCCUGUAGGAGAUGUGGAGGUCAAGGAAGGGACAAGGAAUGCGUUGGAUCAGGUUGCCGCAGAUGAACUUAAUCUUUCGAAAGUUUCUAUGUCGCGCAAACAGAGGGGCCUUAUGGAAGCAAUACAGAUUGGAAAGGAAAGGAAAAAGAGCAAGAUUGAGCUUCUCAAAAAGAGAAAGAAAGAGGCAGAGGCAAACAGGAACGGAUGAUGGUAUGGGGAUAAAAACUCUAGCUCAUAUUUAUUUGCUUUCAAGUUCCAUUGAUUUUUUAUGCCAAUGAGGCAAAUGAAUCAGUCCACAAAGUCCACUUGUACUAUGUUCUGUUAUGCUUGGACGCUUUGAAUUUUUUCUGUAGUGCUCAUCAGUUGUUUAUUGGAACUAAAUCAAUUUAGGCUUUUA